AACGGGCAGAAAGAGAAGGACGGAGAGAGAUGGGCAUCCACAGCGUCACUUUCACUUUACUGACAGGUCCUAGUCGCAGAUUCAAAAGAGUUGUAGAAACCAUUCAAGCUCAGCUCCUCAGCACCCAUGAUCAACCCUCAGUGCAAGCACUGGCAGAUGAGAAGAAUGGUCAGGUUUCCCGCCAACCUAUCAGUCCUUCACGUCAGAACUCUCGGCAUUCUGAAAGUGGAUCGGAUCGAGUAGAAAAGGAGCAUGUAGUAGAUGGAGUGAACACGAGUGGCAGCAGCAGCGGGACCGUAUUGCAACGACGAGAGUCGGGGAAAGACAAGACUAAACUCCUUUCAUCGCCCAAUGGAACACAGUCUCAUCCAUGA